UACGAGGUUUAUUUUUUAUUUUUUUGGUUUAGGAAGAUAUCCAAAAUUUAGCUGCCGGAACUGGUGAAAAAGGGGGCGACUUGGUAAGAAAUUUAAGAGAAUUAACAUCUGUACAGAGAAAAAUUGCAGAUUUGCAAGUGGAACUUCAGGGCCGGAAGGUGAUGUAUCGACAUUUCCACCCAUCCUUCAAAGCAAUUAGGAAAUUUCUGUUUGAUCUUUAAAUUGGAAAGCAAAUGGAGGUUUUUUACCCGCUUGCGCUCUUACCGGUUGCUGAACGGUGUAUGACUGCUGGAAGGAAUGUCUAAUUUGAGAAGAUUUAUAGUAAUUUCUAGGUUUGUAAUGCAAUUGCACUGGUUGCACUGGCUUCGCUGCAUAAACUAAAUGCUGUCAACCAAGCCAAAUAUGUUUGAUGUAUAGGAGCAUAGCUCUAUUUUAAAUCAAUAUGAGCUAGAUACUUUUGUCCAAACAAGUUAGUAUACAAUGCAGUAGCGCGCAUUCUGGAUCCAGGCAGAGGGACACUCGUAAGAACAAUAAGCAUGUAUGUUUCCUUGUACAGCCAGUUCCAAUGAUCAUUUUCCAUAUUUUCGUCAUUACUUUCUGGGAAAUUAAUAGUGCUUGCACUGUGAUACUUAAGCAGCAUGCAUAAAGAAGUGCCUUACUGCGUAUAAUGUGCAUGUGUAUGCACAGACGAGUCUUUUCCCAUUGAAAGAGCUCGCUAAGUUCGUAUGUCAUACACCAUAUAAUUUUGAUCCAUUGCUCAUUUAAUUUUUUAUACAAUUAUAUAAAUUGCACAUAAAUGAUUAACUGUAAUUAGUUCACUCCCUUAGCACCUUCCAAUAAUUGCGAUUUUCACAUUGUUUUUAUUCAGAUGUUCUACUUGGCUUGAUGACAGUAAAAAUGCAUUUUGAAUAGUUUAUUGAUGGGAAAUGUGUGGUUAAAAAAUAAGGAAAUUUUUUUAAUUUGCAUGUAAUAUUAUUUUAUUGAAGAAUAUGUAGUUGAAAUAAUAUCAAAACACUGUCUAAGAAAGCAAUUAUUUUCCAAAGAAUGGGGCUCAAACAAGGGCAUAGUAAGCUUAGUUGGCCAGAUAUCUUUCUUGGCGAAUUCAUGUUAUUGUCUGUGAAAAUUCUAGGAGGACAACAAUGUAGCUCAUCUGACGCACGUAAGUGAAAUGGAAAAGAAGAUUGAGACUUUGGCUCGGAUCACGACUAUAUUGAAAGAUGUUAUCCAGAAUAAGGAUAGGAUUAUAGCUCGCCUCCAACAACCUUAUUCAUUAGACUGCAUUCCCGUGGAAGCAAAAUAUCAGAAACAAUUUUCAGAGAUAUUAAUGAAGGCAGCAAGUGAUUAUGGUGCCUUGACAGCUUCUGUGGCUGAUUUUCAAUGGAGUCAGAACUUUAAAGAACCACCUACAGUAUGGGGGGAAAUGCUCCGUCCGAUUCCUGUUGCUUUAGCAUCAUGCACUCGAUUCUUCGAAGCCAUGACAGUAAUAAGAGAAUCAUUUGCCAAACUUCAAACUCUGAGAGUUGGCCAUUCCUUUGAAAGAGUCUCUGGAGAUUCCAACUGUGUAACUCCUCCACCUUGGAGGAAUGAAUCAAGCUUUGAUGAUUUAGCCAUUGGACGUGCGAGAAGGCAAGGAACCGAGCAGCUAGAAGGGGACGAUUUGAGUAAUGAAGUCGGGGAUUCAAAUCUGGUUAAUGGCACAAGUCUUAGGAGACUGUCCUGGCCUCCAGUGAAGAAAAAUGGACUUUAGAAACCCACUCCACCCCACGUUAAUUUACAGAGAAACGAAAAAUGGAAACCGUUUGCCGUAUUUGUGGAAUAUCUCACUAUGAUUUGCAUUUGAUAAUGGUGUUUAUAUCUGUUGUAA